CGGGCUGCCCGGGGGGCCAGCUAUUAAUACCGCGGCCGCCCAGCCCGGGUCGCGCAGCCAUGGCCAGCCCGGAGCCCCGGCGCGGCGGGGACGGCGCCGCCGAGGCCGCGAGGAACACAAGAGCAGAGGCCACUUCUCUGCAAGAGGAGAACUCUGAAUCCCCGUAUGAGGUGGGGACCUGGAACCCAGAAGUUACUCUGUCUUUGGAAGGGACCUUGAACUUAGAGGAUAUUCUCUACCCGGGGGACACAGGUGACUUUGAUGUGGCUAUGUGUGUGGAAGAGACCGAGAAGCCUGAGGAGACGCUGCAUAUUGAGGAGACCAGGACGCCUGAUGAGGCCCUGUAUGUGGAGGAGCCAGGAAAGCCAGAGGAGAUGCUAUAUGUGGAAGAGCCCGUGAAGCUGGGGAAGACUACAAGCCCAGAGCAGAUGGUUUAUGGGGGAAAGACUGUCCCGAGCGAGGAGAAACCUAACCCCGAGGAGAGCCUCAGAGCUGGGCCGUGUCCCAGCACAGAGGGGAGCCUGAGCACAGAGGACCUGGAAUUGCUGGAGGGGCGUUUCCAGCAGUGUGUCCAAGCCGUGGCCCAGCUGGAAGAGGAGAGGGAUCAGCUCAUCCAUGAGCUUGUGUUGCUCCGGGAACCAGCCCUGCAGGAGGUGCAACGGGUCCACCACGACAUCCUGGCUGCCUACAAACUGCACGCCCAGGCAGAGCUGGAGAGGGAUGGGCUGAGGGAGGAGAUCCGACUGGUCAAGCAGAAGCUGUUCAAGGUGACGAAGGAAUGUGUGUCCUACCAAUAUCAGCUGGAGUGCCGCCGGCAGGACGUGGCUCAGUUUGCCGAGUUCCGGGAAGUGCUGACCGCCCAGGCAGCCCAGCUCUCGGAGGAAUUAGCCCAGCUUCGGGAUGCCUAUCAGAAGCAAAAGGAGCAGUUACGGCAACAACUAGAAGCACCUCCAAGCCAGAGGGAUGGGCACUUUCUCCAGGAGAGCCGGCAGCUCUCUGCCCAGUUCGAGAACCUCAUGGCGGAGAGCCGCCAGGGCCUGGAGCAGGAGUAUGAGCCUCAGCUGCUGCGGCUCCUAGAGAAGAAAGAAGCUGCGGCCAGAGCUCUGCAGAAAACCCAGGCCGAGAUCCAGGAGAUGAAGGAGGCUCUGCGACCCCUGCAAGCAGAGGCCCUUCAGCUCCAGCUGCAAAACAGGAAUCUGGAGGACCAGACCACCCUUGUGAGGCAAAAACGAGACGAGGAUGUGCAGCAGUACAGGGAACAGCUGGAGGAAAUGGAAGAACAACAGAGGCAGCUAAGAAGCGGGGUGCAACUCCAGCAACAGAAGAACAAAGAGAUGGAGCAGCUAAAGAUCAGCCUUGCUGAAGAGCUCGCAACAUACAAGGGCUGUUUAGAAACAUAUGGCCGAAUCUGUAACCAGGAACCAACAAAAAAAACUUCUUAGCAAAGGAUCACUGAGUACCCUUUGGACAUACUUUUUUCUAAACAGAGAAGGGAGUGCCAGGGAUUUGGCAAGCAGUUCACUCUGGGAAAGUUACAAAUACUGGCUGACCUGUUUAAAAAGAUCAUAGGGCUGGCUGGAGGCAGAAUACUAUCAGUCAACUCUUAGCUGGAUUCUAUUUCAUAGGCUGCUGGUACUGAUUUCGAUGCACUGAGAAAUGGAAAAAUAAGUCUCCUGUCACCCAUCAACAACCCUCCACACGCACAAAGUAAAGGAAGAAUGUAUGGACACACCUUGCUGUAUUGUGAAGAAUGUAUCUUACCUUCUGUUGACCCAAAAGUUUUUCAGGAACACAGGUGGAGUCAAAAAGGCAGACGAUUUUCCUUAUAUUCAAGUUGACCCCUGAACAAUGUGGCGGUUAAUCUGCACAUAACUUAGUUGGCCCUCGGUAUCCGAGGUUCCUCCACAUCCACGGACUCAACCAACCACUGCAGGUAUAGUACUGUGGUAUUUACUAUUGAAAAGUAUGUUGUAAGUGGACCUAUGCAGUUCAAACCCACGUUGUUCAAGGGUCAACUGUACAUGGGUUUACAAUUUGAAUUCUUUUGUGCCAUGAAUGUUAGACUUUAAUUGAAUUCCUUUACAAAGUUUACUUUUCUUUAAGUCUGUGCUGAUUCAUGUAGAUUUACUCUUGUGUCAUGGUAAUUUUCACUAUACUCUAAAAGAACUACUGGGCUUCCCUGGUGGCGCAGUGGUUGAGAGUCCGCCUGCCGAUGCAGGGGACACGGGUUCGUGCCCCGGUCUGGGAAGAUCCCAUGUGCCGCGGAGCGGCUGGGCCCGUGAGCCAUGGCCGCUGAGCCUGUGCGUCCGGAGCCUGUGCUCCGCAAUGGGAGAGGCCACAACAGUGAGAGGCCCGCGUACCGCAAAAAAAAAAAAGAACUACUGACUUAGAAUAAAGAACCAAUCCAGAUUUCCCCAAAGAUGAGUUUGAUUUUUCACCUCAUGAAAAUGAUUCUGGGUCAGAGUGAUCUACUCCGUUAAAUUGGGUGGUUGAAGAACCCGGCAUUUUACCUGGUUAUGGCACUUGGCUUUCAAGAGCCUAUUUUUCUAACCUCUAAGUACAGGCCCCAGUGAAAAAAAUACUGGGGAGAUUCAACCUCUCUAUGAGAAAAUGUCAAACACCUUUUCCAAAUUUAAAUUUUGCCUUAAAUUCUCUCUGCCACACUGCCUCUGACAUUCUUGAAAGUUCAUGUAGUUCUCCAGAGAUAGACUUCAAAAAGAUGUUAUUUUAUCAAAGACUAAUCUGUGUACCUCUGAUUCAGCAUUUUAUGUCUUUCACUUCCCCCGGGAAGGAGUAAAGCUCUUUGCUAUACCUCUGGGUCUAUUAUAUUUAAUUCUGCUCUUGGUAGUCAAAGACCAUAGAAAAUAACUGUCACCUGAACAACUCUUCUAGACGCCAGAGACUGGUGUUUGAUGGCUAUUAUAUAUUAAAUAAAACCCAUCAGUGUGGGAUUAUGUAGAAAAGCAAUUUAUUCCAUUAUAAGCACUUACACAGUUAGUCAUGGAGAGUAACAGGCCUGCUGGUGAAACAGGUCACCCAAAAUAGAGAUGGUAUCAAACUAGUGGUCAAGGACUAACUCCUUUAAAAAAAAAAAAAAAAAAAAAA